UCACUUUUCUUGUCGGGUUUGGUAUUCCAUUUAUUGUAAACCAUUUGUAAAUAGAAAGUGAAAAGAUGACAGUCGAAAUUGAAGGUAUGCUGGAUUUCUGCAGAAAACACCGUGUGCUGAUAGGUUCAGUGGUUGGUGUAGGUAUUACUUAUUUUGCUGUACGACGGUAUUUUGCUGGGGGAGUCUGCAGAAGCCAAGCAAGACUUGAUGGAAAAACUGUUAUCAUCACUGGGGCUAACACCGGGAUAGGGAAAGAAACAGCCAUGGAUUUGGCUUCAAGAGGUGCCAGAGUGAUUUUAGCAUGUCGUGAUGUUUUGAGAGCAGAGAGAGCGGCCACGGAAAUCAUUGCUAAGACCAACAACCAGAAUGUAGUGGUGAGGAUAGUGGACCUCGCUUCUCUAGCGUCGAUCAGAAAGUUUGCCGACAACAUCAACAAAACUGAGCCCAAAGUUAAUAUUCUUAUCAAUAAUGCAGGCAUUAUGAUGUGUCCCUAUUGGAAGACUGAAGAUGGCUUUGAGAUGCAGUUUGGGGUUAACCACUUAGGUCACUUCCUGCUGACCAAUCUACUGCUGGAUAAAAUAAAAAGUUCUGCCCCCGCCAGAAUCAUUACCGUGUCGUCACUUGCACAUACACGUGCUGACAAGAUCAACUUUGAUGAUAUCAACAGUGAAAAGAAUUAUGACGCUAUGUUUUGCUAUAGACAAAGCAAACUGGCCAAUGUUUUGUUCACACGGGAGCUAAGUCGAAGACUAGAAGGAACAAAUGUAACAGCUAAUUCCCUCCAUCCUGGACUUGUUGCAACUGAGAUCAUAAGAUAUUUACCGCAAACGGUGCCGGUAUACCUCAGAGUGUUCUUCCCAUUAAUUUUAUUCUUUGCGAAAACACCCAAACAAGGGGCACAGACCAGCAUAUACUGUGUUGUGGAGGAAAGUCUAGAAAAUGUCACAGGGAAAUAUUUCAGUGACUGUGCUGUGAAGGAGGAAGCCAAACCUGCCCAGGAUGAUGAGGCUGCCAAGAAGUUGUGGGAAGUAUCCGAGAAAAUGGUGGGGCUCAAAAACUGAGAACAACAAGCAGCUUAUUGGUUUAGAGUGAAU